AUGGGUCGCAAUGGCGUCAAGGUGAUCAUCCGCACGAGGCCGACCGCGAGCUUCGCGACGCACCAGCUGCAGAUCGACCCGGAUGACAGCACCAUCACGGUCUACAGCGGCGCGGCCGCCCUCGCCGCGGCCUCCGGGGGCGCGUCCCCGCCCAAGACGGACGGCGGGCCGUCCAACCGCAAGGACUGCUGGCAGUUCAAGUUCCACCAGGUGCUGCACAACGCCGGCCAGGACCGCGUCUACGAGGCCAUCGCGCGCGACAUCGUGCAUGGCGCAGUGGUGGACGGCGUCAACGGCACCAUCCUGGCCUACGGGCAGACGGGGGCGGGCAAGAGCUUCACCAUGAUCGGGGACACGCGCAACUACCAGCACCGCGGCAUCGCCCCGCGAGCCAUCGCGCAGCUCUACGAGGAGGUCGAGAGUCGGAUUGAGCUCCAGUACACGAUCCGCGUGUCGUACAUGGAGAUCUACAACGACCGCAUCUACGAUCUACUGGAAGGACAGCAGGGCGGGGACCGGACUAACGGUAACGGUGGAGCUGGGGGCGGCAACGGGGAGCUGGUGGUCGUGGAGGACGCGCGCGGGACGUACGUCCGCGGACUCACGCAGGUCGAGGUGCGCAGUGAGCAAGAGGCUUUGGACCAGCUCUUUAACGGAGAGCUGCAGCGCACCGUGGCGGAGCAUCAGCUCAACAAGCGCUCGAACCGCUCGCACUGUGUGCUGACGUUCCACAUUGCGCAGAAAUCUCGAGCUGGAGGAACGGAGAGAGUCACGCUGAGUAAGCUGCACCUGGUGGAUCUGGCUGGAAGCGAGCGACUCAAGAAGACUCUGGACGGAGAGCAGGCGGGGGCAGGAAGCCCUACCAAGACGUCGUCGUCCUCUUCGAAAGCGGGGUCGGCGCUGUCCACUAUCAAGAAGGAGUCCAUGUACAUCAACCAGAGCUUGAGCUUCCUGGAGCAGUGCAUCGUGGCGUUGGGCUCCAAGGAGCAGCGCCACAUCCCGUACCGCCAGACCAAGCUCACGAACGUACUCAAGGACUCACUGGGGGGCAACUCGAACACGCUCAUGUUCGCGUGCAUUUGGGGCGAGGGGCGACACCUUGAGGAGACGAUUUCAACGCUCAAGCUGGCGCAGCGCAUGGUGCGGGUGCAGAACGAGGUCGCCACCAUCGUGGAGACCGACCCGGCACUGUUGCUACGCAAGUACGAGCGACAGAUCCGAGAGCUGAAGCACGAGUUGGUCAUGCACGACGCGCUGGUUGAACGCACAGCCGUUGUCUACGACGAGCACACGCCCGAGCAAAAGCACCAGCUGAUGCAGAUGGUUCGCAGGUAUAUCGACGCGCCGACUCAGGAGAUGGAGGACGAAGCACUGCGACUUACAAGCGUGAACGAGAUCCGCGAGCUCUUCCGUCAGUUCAAACUUUUGUUCAAGAGCUCUGGGCUGGACUCGAUGGGUGGUGGUGCAUCUGGGAUGAACGGGGUGGGCUCGCAUGGAGGUGCAGGGAGCGCGAACAACUCGACAAGAUCAGCUUCAGCGGGGUCGUCAGCGUCGCGAACUCAAACUUCUGCUGGUUCUCGCGAUGAUCCUCGGAUGCACGCAACUCACGGCCCCAACGGCGAAGAACUGGUCGGCGAGGAGGAGCCUGGAGCAGUUGGGUUCCCUCUUGGUCUCGUACCUGGAGCAGCAAGACCAUCCACGAUGGACACGAGCAAGAAUAAAAACUAUCGCGGUGCGGGAGGAGCUGCGGAUGGUCCCGGGGGAACCAGUCCGAUUGGUAAUGGACAGCGAAGUCCAGCUGCGUCGCGGUCGCCUAGUGGAGCCGAACUCCCGGGUGUCCCCGACAAUAAUGAAGACGACCGCGGUGAUGAUGAAGGAGGACUCUACAGCACCAGCAAAGCUGGAGGUCGAAGCGGAGAAGGUGCCAUGCUAUCACAAGAUGCCGAGACGCGCGCCAAGAACGACGCGUUCCAGUUCUAUCGGUCUGCUGGCCCAGGGCGGAAGCUGCACCAGAAUCUACAGGACGAGAAGGACAAAUUGUUCGACGCUAAGCAGCGCGUCAAGCAGGUCACGCGGCGUGUGAACGCUGCGAAGGCCCAGAUCGACGCCGUCCGUGCGCAGCUAGAGGACAAGCGCAACCAGCGAGGAACGAAUGAUGGAGCUGCGGGUAACCGCAAGAGUGGCGCCAAGCAGAUGCCGCAAGAGCGCGACGAGGUUGUGGAUGAAGAGGAAUUUAUCCUUAUGACAGCGGAGCGAGAGGCCAAGCGAGACUAUCGAUCACUUUUCGGAGACCUCAAGGACGCCAAGUCGGAGCUCGAGUUUUCUCUUCGCAGUGUGGAGCUGUUGCGCCGACGCCUCGUGCGUGAGUUUGAGGACUGGUACGAGGAAGAGGGCCACGCUCAUGCACUUAGUAAGACCUCGGAUGGAGCUGGGUUUGACGCCUUGGCGAGAUCAACGUUCAGCAAGGAUGAUAAGCUGGAUGAUGGCGAGAAAUUCGAUCAGAUGGAGGUGGAUCGAGUAAGAGCCCAGGACCCGGACUCGUUGGCGUUCUUCCAAGCCCAGAAGAAGAUGCGACAGCAGUUAGCAGGCUCAAUCGUGCCAGCGUCACAGCGAAAAGCUAAGCGUUGA